ACCAGAUCAGUGAUCGGUCCCCUCCUCUUUAGGGUUGACGCGCGGUCGAAGCUCGCGACCGUCUCUUUGUCUCUCGGUCGAUUGUGCCGUUCGUCGUCUCUGAAUCCGCCAUCUCUCUCCCGUGCUGCCGCAUCGUCAGAGCCGCUUGCUUCGUUCAUCGACCGUGCCUCAACUCGUGGGGCAAGAUGCAGCCUCGCACCAUGGGAUUCUCCAGCUUGCCAUGCAGAUCCACGACAAUGCGUGCCGAGUAGGUACGACGGCGAGAUAACGACGCAUUACGAUACGGCACCCACGCCAGCGAGCACGCAAACGCCCAUCCGCGGUGAUGAUGCAAUGGAUGAUGCCCUCUGAUGAUUGGCUUGAUGACUGAUUUCGAUUGACGAGCGGGUGUACGAAGUACGCACUGCACCGCACCGCACCGCACCGCACCGCAGGGCCUGCCAAGCAGCAGCGAGCGGCCUGCAUUUGGUUUGGUCUCCCACCUGGCCGACCGCCGGCAUUGGUAAUCUGGGCCACCAGGUUGAUCCGAACGCAAAUCAUGCAACCAAUCCAGCGAGUCGGCACCCUUCAAAUAAGUAAGUGACCGUAAGUACGUCUAGCGACGUAAGUCCGUGGCACUCCGUUUGUUAGAUCCGCAGAGUCCGGGAUCCGAUCGCUAAGCACCACGGUUUUAGAGCAGCUAGCUAGCGCAGGCGAGAGCACUAGCAGCACACUCACUUUGGUCCACUGCCAUCCAUCGUGUGAGUCGACGACUUUUGGCAUGGCGCAGGCCGUAGAUGGCGGACGCGGGACAUGGAAGCCCAUGCCGCUCAACGUGCGCAUGGCUAUUAACAACAAGAGCAAGCAAUUCGAGCCGCAGCUCCAAGCUCCUUCAUCGAGCCGGCUGUAGCUGUCGGAAAAGACCAGAGUUACUACCCUACCCAUCCAGCUCGACCACCACCCACAACACUCAUAUAGUCAUCUCACUGCCCUUUCAACGGCAACUUGGCAUUGUCUCAGCGCCGACGCAGCAGCUGUCAAAACCCAAGAGCAAUCACCACCAACCUGAGCAGCUUCCCAAGACAGGUACCAGCCAUGGCAGACCUCAUCCGCGAUGCCCCCAUUGGGCAACUCAUUCGCCUCCUCACCAAAAACAAGUACCUCCAAUACCCUGAAGAGAGAGCCGACUUCAAGCUGCCGGAACCCUGGCAGCAACUACUCGAUAACCCUGAUGCCGUCGUCGAUGAAGGCCAGCUAACGUCGUCUUCCUCCUCAACGGUCAACGGCGGCAACGCCAACAACGGCACGGGUAACCUGCCCGAGAAGGAGACGGCUGUCGACCCGGAGACGGAGAAGGUACAAGAUCGGAGACAAGAAGGGGCUCAGCAAAAUCCGCCGCAUCUCCACCGCACGCCGACACCUACCGAGACGCCAGCCUUCACCGAGGCACGCCUCGAAGCCGACGAAGUCCACGACGUGCAGCGCGUCAAGUCGGUUCCCAUUGUACCUCAGCGCACAAAGGACGGCGCCAUCCUCGUCGACUGGUACUACACCGAUGAUGCCGAGAACCCCCACAACUGGACCAACAAGAAGCGCACAUACAUUGGCCUCGUCAUUUGUCUUUAUACAUUUGUGGUAUACACCACGUCUGCCAUUUACACAUCCUCUUCCGAGGGCGUUAUGAGGGAGUUUGGUGUCAGCCAGCUCAAGGCUACACUCGGUUUGUCCAUCUAUGUCCUGGGCUAUGGCAUCGGCCCGCUCAUCUUCUCGCCCCUGAGCGAGAUUCCUCGCAUUGGCCGCAACCCAGUCUACAUUGUCACCAUGUUCCUCUUCGUCAUCCUCUCCAUCCCAACCGCCUUUGCUCCCAACUUCGCCGGGCUCAUGGUGCUACGAUUCCUCCAAGGCUUCUUUGGCUCGCCGUGUCUGGCCUCGGGUGGUGCCUCACUUGGCGACAUGUACAGCCUCAUGGCGCUUCCCUUUGCCAUGGUUGCCUGGGUCUCCGCUGCCUACUGUGGACCGGCUCUUGGCCCGCUCCUCUCUGGAUUCGCUGUCCCCGUCGAGGGCUGGCGCUGGUCCCUCUUCAUCUCCAUCUGGGCCUCCGCUCCCGUCUUCAUCACCAUGUUCAUCACCCUCCCUGAAACGAGCUCCCCCACCAUUCUUCUUCGCCGAGCUCAACGUUUGCGCAAGCUCACGGGUAACGAACGUUUCAUGUCCCAGAGCGAAAUUGAUCAGCGCCACAUGAAGGUGUCGUCUGUCGCGCUCGAUGCCCUCAUCAAGCCUCUCGAGAUCACCAUCAAGGACCCGGCUGUGCUCUUCGUCCAGAUCUACACCGCCAUCAUCUAUGGCAUCUACUACUCUUUCUUCGAGGUCUUCCCUCUCGUCUACCCGGUCGACUACCACAUGAACCUCGGCCAGAUCGGCCUUGUCUUCCUGUGCAUCCUCGUCUCAUGCAUCAUUGGCAUCGCUGUCUACGUCGGCUACCUUUACUACUACAUGAACCCGCGCAUCAUGAAGUUUGGCAUGCCCGCUCAGGAGAACCGUCUGGUUCCGGCGUUGCCCGCCUCGUUCGGUCCUACCAUUGGCCUCUUUCUGUUCGCGUGGACAGCUCGCGAAUCCAUCCACUGGAUCGUGCCUACCAUCGGCAUCACCAUCUACGGCGCCACCUGCUUCGUCGUCAUGCAAUGCAUCUUUGUCUACGUUCCUCUGAGUUACCCCCAGUACGCCGCAAGCCUCUUCGCCGCAAACGACUUCUUCCGCAGUGCUCUUGCCUGCGGCAGCGUGCUGUUCGCGCAUCCGCUCUUCGGCAACCUGGGCGUCGCCCGCGGCACCAGCCUGCUGGGUGGCCUCAGCGUCAUCGGCAUCGUCGGCAUCUGGCUGCUCUACUUCUAUGGCGCUCGCCUCCGAGCCCUCAGCAAGUUUGCCAUCUCGGAGUAGGGCAGUGGCACCUCUGCAACAUGUCAUGACAAUCAUGUACGCAUAAUGAACUGGGAUACCCUAGCAUCUCAGCAAGCGUUUGCUUCUUGAAAAAAUAUCCUCUCUCAACAUUGCGAGACCUCGAUGGGUCUUUCGGAGUAUAUAGUGUAGCUGGGGAAACAGAGCCCAUUAAUAGACGAAUAGAGCUCAUCCGCGG